AUGCGAUCUAAGGCACUUAUUGGUCAUUAUGAAAUAAUCAGCGAACCAAUAACUGGCAUCACAAAUCGAUCAAAUUUAAAAAUCAGUGUUGCAGAUCUCAAUUAUGCAUUACAACAUAAUGAGAAACUUGAAGAAUUACCUAAUAGAAUUGAAACUAAUGUGAUUUAUCGUCUUUCAUUAGCAUCAAAUACCAAAGGCGAGUUUCAAUCUUCUCAACGUUCUAUUAAACAUAUAUUUUGUAUGUUUAGAUGCGUACAAAUGUGAUCCUUUUUCAUGGAAAAAUACAGGUUCUAUACCAUAUCCAAAAACUAAUCCUGAAUGUAUCAAGAUUUAUUACUCAUGCAUUAAUUCUGAAAAGAAAUAAAUGCGAAAACCUCGGAUUUAAAUCCGAGUGUUAUGUGUACUUCAAAAAGUGAAAAGGUACAUUCACUGUGCUUUUUAUCACUAAAUUGCAAGG